GGGGGUUAAGUGUUUGCCCGGUUUGUGCAGCGUAGCCUCGGUUAUUGUUCCAUGUGGCCUCGGUGGGUGGACGGACGGACGGUCCAUCCUGCUGCCUGUUGUUCAGCCACUCCGCCAAUGGGAGCCCGGCUGCCGCUCAGCCCCGGUCCAAUGAGAACAGCGGGGUCUGGGCUCGGAUCGAGAGUUGGGUUGUUCAAUCUGUGUGUGUGAGGAGGAGGACAACAACCAAGAGAGGGAGAGAGAGAGGCUGAGUGUACCGGAUGGAUGGAUGUUGGCGAUGAACGUUCCUGCUGCUGCUGCCGACGGUGACGGUGGACAUGGAUGAUCGAGCUGAGCGGUGCUGUUGAGUUCUCUGCAGAUGUUUUCCCAAACCUGAUCAAGCAAACUACCUUUACAAAUGAGUCGCAGCUUGGUUCCAGGACGUGUGUCCUAUCGCUGAGGCCACAUGUGCAUCAGGAGAGAUGGAUCGUUGUAAGCACGUCGGACGCCUUCGUAUGGGCCACGACCAUUCCAUUCUCAAUCCACAGAAAUGGCACUGCGUCGACUGCAGCACCACCGACUCAGUGUGGGCCUGCCUCAAGUGCUCCCAUGUGGCCUGCGGACAUUUCAUGGAAGAGCACUCACUCAAACACUUUCAGGAGUCACACCACCCACUGGCUAUGGAGGUGCGUGAGCUGGAUGUCUUCUGUUUUGCCUGUGGAGACUAUGUACUCAAUGAUAACGCAGAGGGAGACCUCAAACUCCUCAGAGGGGCUCUCUCUACUGUUCGCAGCCCAGGCAGACGCUCGCUUCGCUCCUCGAUUGGUGGCGAGUGCACCCCCUGGGUUGGGGAAGCUGGGCCGCAGCCCGCCAUGCAGCUGGCCCUGCGACACAGGAGGAAAUCGCUUCUCGGGAAGAUGCUUCAGAUGUGGAUCAGCAAACAUCAGGAGCUGCAGAAUCAGCGGAAAGAGAAACUCGAGGAAGCUAGAAGACAAAAAAAAGAGGUGAAAAGGAGACUCAUGGAAGAGCUUGGCAGUGUCCCUCCAAGAAAGAGUGCUCGGCUUCUUACUCAGGCGCCACGUUCAACCAUCACACUCAUUCCUAGCAAAUUUCGCGACCCUCCAGAACGCCUACCUCCUCCUCCUCCUCCCAAGAAGCCUUCCCUUUUAACCCUUUCCCGAAAAGCUCCUCAGAACGGCAGAGCUGCUAAACUGAGGAGGUACUACUCCACGCACGCGGUAACCCGCCGGAGACUAGCUCCCGGUGUCACUGGUCUGCGCAACUUGGGGAACACAUGCUACAUGAACUCAAUAUUGCAAGUGCUGAGCCACCUGCAGAAAUUCAGGGAGUGUUUUCUCACUUUGGACCUGUGUGAGACUGAGGAGCUGCUGGCCAAGACCAAUCACUCCCAGGGCAUGAAGGGUGUGACAGGAGGUGUAGUCAGCAGUGGUAACACAACACUGUCAGGAUGCCCUCUUGGACGCAUGGGGAAGGCGGGCGGUUGGGAUUUGCCCAUGGGCAAAAAAGAAAGUGCCCCGCCUCCCCCGCAGGCCGCAGAGUUGGUCCAGCCCAAGGAGACUCGGUGCUCCACCCGCCAGCAGAUGUCUCUGUGCCACGAGUUGCAUACUCUUUUCAGGGUCAUGUGGUCAGGCCGGUGGUCUUUAGUGUCUCCCUUCGCCAUGCUACACUCCGUGUGGAACCUCAUCCCGGCUUUCCGUGGGUACGACCAGCAGGACGCCCAGGAGUUCCUGUGUGAGCUGCUGGACAAGGUGCAGCAGGAGCUGGACACAGAGGGGUCCAAACGCAGGAUAGUUAUCCCCAUCACAAAGAGGAAGCUGUCCAAGCAAGUGCUAAAGGUUCUUAACACCAUCUUUCACGGGCAGCUACUCAGCCAGGUGACGUGUCUGUCCUGUAAGCACAAAUCUAACACGGUUGAGCCAUUUUGGGAUUUGUCUCUGGAGUUUCCAGAGCGGUACCACAGCAUAGGCAAAGGCUCAGGCUCUACAGCUUACCAGCGCAGCUGCACCCUCACUGAGAUGCUGUCCAAGUUUACGGAGAUGGAGGCUCUCGAAGGCAGCAUCUACGCCUGCAACCACUGCAACAAAAGAAGACGGAAAUCAUCCCACAAACCCUUAGUUCUGUCAGAGGCGCGUAAGCAGCUUCUGAUCUACCGUUUACCUCAGGUUCUUCGGCUGCACCUCAAACGCUUCAGAUGGUCGGGGCGGAACCAUAGGGAGAAAAUCGGCGUCCAUGUGGCCUUUGACCAAGUUCUGAACAUCAAACCAUACUGCUGCACAGGCUCAGGUCACUCUGUCCACAGAGGAGGCUACACCUACGAUCUGUCCGCUGUAGUCAUGCAUCAUGGUAAAGGCUUCGGCUCAGGGCACUACACCGCAUACUGCUACAAUACAGAAGGAGGUUUCUGGGUCCACUGUAAUGACUCUGAGAUGAAGGUUUGCAGUGUGGAGGAAGUGUGCAACACUCAGGCCUAUAUUCUCUUCUAUACCCAGAGAUCUGCCUAGGUACCUCUACCGCUGUGAUGUCGACCUGUACGCGGCAACUAAAGGCUGCAUUUAUGAAAAUGUUCUCUGAUGUUUUCCCAGAUGUCAUUAAACAAUCACUUUAAGAAUGAUUCACUAAAAAAAGAUGGCAUUGAGGCCAGUAGGACAGCCACAAUCAUGAGUUUAAGGUGAAGAUUUUAGCAGCAUAACCCACAUGAGAAUGAUGAGGAUAAGGGUGCAUUCAGACAGGAUCAGGCGCUGUGGUGAAACACAGGGUUUUCUAUUCAUUUGAGUGCGAGCAGUGUGUUUUUGCUGCGGCAGUGGGGAAUGCAGGGGUGUCUGCCAAAAAACUGCAGCGACCUGUGCUGGAGAACUUUUGGAAAAACACUCUGACGUCACGCCACGGCUGCCAAUCAGACGCUGGGAUUGGGAAAACCUCCAGUCGGCCUGAAAUGUCUCAAGGCUAUCCAGGUGGAUUCAUGGAUUAAACUCUGUUAAUCAGACUGAUUGUUUCACAGCGAUUACCUUCAGCACAUAUAGACACACCCCCGGCAGCCCCCACACACCGCCGGAAGCCAGCGCCUGAUCCUGCCUGAAUACAUCCAUACCUUAAGGUAAACACCACAGCAGUAUAACCCACACGAGAAAGCUGAUAAUAUUGGUAUAUAUCCUGGAAAAUAACGUCUGAAUUUGAUUUAAAAUCUUCAAAUCAAAAACCUUUUCAUAAAUGAAGCCACAGGUUUCUCAGCCUGUGUGACCAGCAUAUUGGUUGAUGGCCUGAAGACUGUGGGAGCAGGUCCGACUCUGUCCUGCUGAACACCGAGUUGUGUGUCUAUGUUUUUCAAAAAAACAAUCAGGCUCGUGUCUGUUGAGUCUGGGACCAACCAGACGCUCUCCUGAGACAGCAUUUUACAUUCAAAGACAACACGGAUUCUGGAUUUUUGGAGCAUUUUAUCACAAAGUUCAUGUGCAUUUUUAGGUAAAGCUACAUUAGAUGCCAAGGCACUAGGAGGUACAUCGUCGUAUAAUUCCACUUUGGAUGAUGUCUAUCUAGUGACCGAAACGACUUCAGUCCAGAGUCUGUGUUGCCUCCUGUCCGACUUUUUUAAUUCUUGUGAAAUGUCACUUCUGGAAACUUUAAUACUCAUCCCUGUGUCAUUUGUAUUUCAUCAUGUCCUCUCCUCAAGUGUACUGCUACGACUGGAUACUGUGUCCUGCGCUCUCUCGGUGAACAGGAAUAGUUUUUUCUUUUAGUUUUAUUUUGUAGUCAUUAUGUUUCACUUCCAUGAAAAGAAGCAAAAAGUAACGAGUUUCAGACACUUUGACUGAUGAUGAGUGGUGGAAAGCUGCACUUUUGAGGAGGGGCUAAUAUUGUUGGUCCUAUCUUUUGUGAUUGUUCAUCUUUUAGCUCCUGUAUCUUCUUUAAAUGGCAGCUCCCCCCCCCCCCGUGGUGUAACGAUUAGACCGGUCUGAGCCCAGGUUCGGAGACGAAAAAAAAGCGAAGUGAAAGGGGCAGACUGCGAUACUGAAGAAUGGGUUUCCACGAGACUUGGGGUACCCAUUUUGAGUUGAGCACCUGAAAGCAAUAUAUUGUACAUCUUGCAUCUUUGACAGGAAAUUUAAGAUAAAAUCAGGAAUUCUUCUGCUUGUUAUACAAUGGUUUUUUUUCUACUCUGCUGUUUCUAUCAAGGUCUUUAGAAUUUGCUAGUUAAUCAAGAAGAACUUGUGUUUGAUACGAGUCAAAUGCAAAAAUACGUUUGUGAACUCUUAUGUAAAAGUUGGAACAAUCUAAUGACGAUGAAUGUCUUACUUUUUAGCGGUCAGGUGUGGCCAUGCCACCGGCUCUGAUCCCCUUGAGUUCUGUCUUGUACUGUAAGAAUACCUGUCAUAAAUGUAAUGGUCAUAUGGGUUUUGCCUGACUGUAAUUAUUAAAAAGACAAAGCAAAUUUCAAA